GAAAUCGGCGCCGCCCGGUGGCUGCAAAUGCGGCUAAACCGGUGCCCCUACCUAUUCUUUAGGGCUUUCUGAAGGAAGGAGGGCGAGCAGUGUGCUGCUACGCUGCGCUUCGUUGUGUGUGUGUUCCCCACAUAGGGCCUCCCCCUUCCCCGCUGCCCGAAGCCCGGCUUGGGCUGGCGCCCCCCCCCCCCCCACAUUAAUUCACCGGGGCGCGCACACGGUUUAUCCUCUCCAGGCGGGUUCCCGGCCCCUACCCUGUCGCCCUGCCACCGGAGCGGUGACCGCCCGGUCUGCCGUUCUUCCGCUACCAUCGCUGCCACCGCUGCCGGCACCAUGGGCAGUGAGCAGAGCUCCGAGGCCGAGAGCCGACCCAACGAUCUGAACUCCUCAGUGACUCCUUCUCCAGCUAAGCAUAGAGCCAAGAUGGAUGAUAUUGUGGUUGUAGCUCAGGGCUCUCAAGCUUCACGGAAUGUCAGCAAUGAUCCAGAUGUCAUCAAGUUGCAAGAGAUCCCAACCUUCCAGCCCCUUUUGAAAGGGCUGUUGAGUGGCCAGACCUCCCCGACAAAUGCCAAGUUGGAGAAACUGGAUUCUCAGCAGGUGCUGCAGCUCUGCCUUCGAUAUCAGGAUCACCUGCACCAGUGUGCGGAGGCUGUUGCUUUUGACCAGAAUGCUUUAGUUAAACGAAUCAAGGAGCAUCCUCAGGGACCCAGGCUCCUAGCUCACUCCUCUGCCAGCCCAAGGUCUACAGUGACUAGCAGCAGCGUGCAAGAGGAAGGAACUGAGAAGAGGAGCAGUACUGAAUAUGUGCCUGCCAGCCUUGCAGGAAGGCCCCAGAAGCUGCUGUGAGAAUCACACACAUCCACUGCCUAGAAUUCAGUCAUGUGAUCACAUCAGUAUGAGGGUUUUGAGGCAGGCGUUGGUUGUUGAGAAUAAACAGUUUUUCACUGUUUAUUGGAAAAUCAAGAAGUUUGUAUAUUCUUCAAGUUCCUGAAACAAAGUUAUUUGCAACUUUUUUCUCUCUGGCCUGCCUGAGUUUCCUGGAAUAUUAAAGUUAUAUUAAAGCUAGUCAGGAGGUGUGUCUUGUUAAUAUACAUAGUAGCUGUGGGGGCAUGAAUAGUUUUGGUGUCUAUAUCUGUGUCCUUAGGAUGAGGCAUGAGGCACAGCACAUGAUGGUACGAAAUAAAUGUCUGCUGAUUAGUUAUAUAUUAACACCACACAUUUAGUGGGUGCUUACUCCACUCGGCACCACUCAGCAGUGUAGUUAAUGAUCUACAUGCAGUAUCUGAGUCCUCAGAACAGUCCUCAAGUAGCCACUGUUAUCUCCACUACUUACAGAUUAGAUAACUUUUCACCCAUGUGACAGAUAUUUUUUCAGGACCUCCUAUUCAAUAGGUACUGAAGAUACAGCAGAAUUUACAACAUUGGAAUCCUUGCCCCAGUAGCAUCUGCAUUGACUAAGUUACAUAGAUACUAGCUAACAGAUGGCACUUGAGCCUCAGCAGUCAGACAUAGAGUCUGUUAUUUCAUCUAGUGCAUGCGUGGUCAAUGAGGGGACUGAUGUGAAUGAUGAGCAAAAUAUUUAAGCUGUCCAUUUCACAGAGAGCCUCAUGGCUACCCUUCAGUUACGGCAUAGAUCAGUGGUGAUGAACCUGUGGCACACGUGCCACAGUGAGCUGUUGGCAUCAUUGAAAGCUCUAAACGGUUUUCCAUCACUGGCAUAGAUUAUUAGAUUGCCUGUCUUAGCUAUAGAGUUACCUUAUGAAUGGCUAAGGCGUAUUCAGUGAGGAGACUUUAAAUGACUCCAUGAUGCUUCUUUAUCAAGAGGACUACAAUUAGUACAGUUCCGUGAUUCUGAGGACGAUGGCCAUGUUCAUGUUCAUGUGAGAGAGAUGACUAGAGUCUUGUUCAUCAUCCCAUGCAGAGUUUGCAGACAAAAUUUUGCCAAAUGCUCUGUUUGCAGCCAAAUGAUUCACAAAGAAAACUGUUUGUGGGCCAGGGAUUUAGCCCAGCAGCAUAAGCGUCUGCCUGGUAAGUGUGAGGUCGUGAGUUGGAUCCCCAAGACCAAAAAAAAAAGCCAAACCUGUGAAUGGAAGUACCUUUAUAUGUGUGCUGUCUAGUUAGAAUCUAUGUGCCAAAAAUAGAAAUAAGAGGGGCAAAACAGAAGGAUGUAUUGCUCUAAUGUCAAAAUGAAGAGUUCAGAGUUGCACUGGAUUCCGGCUUAUUGCCUGAAGUCACAGUGGAAGUGUUAGAAAGUAUGUACCUGAAGUUCAGGGAUUAAAGGUCAGCAUUACAGAUUAACGAUCAUGUUGCCUUGAGAACAAAAGGCAAGGAUCAUCAAUUGACAUCACACUUUAUUGACACUUCUCCAGGUAUUAAAUUAUUACACCAAAUUGUGAGCUUCUUCACAAUGAAGAACAGGGAAGAAUUUAAAAAGUGCUAACUCUUCCAUCAUACGACUUAGCAUUGUUCAAUGCCAUGCACAAAUUGCCUAAGGUCUCAUAUACCACCAGUGGUCCACAACUCUCGCUCAGGAAAUACACCUAAAAGGAAAAUGCCAGGUGGAAAUCUGGGUUCUGGCCUUGGUUCUGUCACUGUGAAACCUGGGAGGUCUCUCAAUCUUUCCUCUCCUGUGGUGUUUUCUUUCUGUGGACUUGGCUCUUGAAAGAUGUGACAGAAGCAAGUGUGAACAGCAUGCUUGGAAUUGUGUGCUCACCUAUGCAUUGAGCUUAAGUGGCUUGGGACACAAGUUCGAGGUGAGUUAAACAUGGACUUAAGCUAGAAGCAGAAAUGUGCACGGAAGCAUGUGCCACUGGAACAGAAAUGCCUCACAGAGACGGUAAGAACUGGUGAGGGGUGUGUAUUGGGACCGAUGACUUACUUGCCAGCCACUUCCAACGUGAUGAGCUAAUCACACACACUCUGGCAUCUGUCUUCUCUGGUGGAGUUGGGGGUAGGGGUGGGAGUGAUAAUCCAAGAAAGAUUGGGCUUCUGGAGCAGGCACUUACCGUGUGCCAUGCUGGUUCUUAAGGGGUGUUCAUUGACCUCUGAGCCACUGUCCCACAGGAGGUGCUGUAUCUGGAUGGGCCCAAAAGGCCCAGUCUGUGACUGCCCACAUGCUGCCACAGUCCCUAGAGACUGGUUAGGGAUACAGAGACAUUUUCUGCAUCUUUCGGAGAUUCCUGUUGUGGAUGUCCUUCCCCUUCCCACUUCUGUCAGAAGGCAUUUCAGAGCAAGGGGGAAAAUUAGCCUAGAAGAAAUGAGCAAUGAGGUGGUUUUCUCACCUCCCCUGUUUACCAUUGCAAUGAGAAAAAAAUGAUUAUUUUUUCUCAGACCUGGGUUUGGUCUCCUACCGGAUCUUUGUUUUUGUUGAAGUCAUAUUCUGAGGCUCAGUGGUAAGAUGAGGUGAACACUGGAAGGCAGAUGGGAAGGGCGGCUGGACUAGGUGGUGCAGGGGAUGUGGAAGUCACCUUCAGAACUGCUGCAGAAGUGGUUCUUCCCAGGUGGAACAGGAAGAGGGGAAGGGAAGUUCUGGCAGUGGCAGCAGCAGCUGAGAGAGGCUGUGGCCCCUCCUUGUUUUACGCAGGUCACAGGUUUGCUUGGGAGGGGAAAGGUACACGAAGCUGUCCUCACAAAUGUCCACAGUGGUGUGGUCCCCCUGUGAGCUGCAGCUGGCUGGCCCGUGUGUCUGGCCCGUGGCAGGGAGAGUGCCAUCCUCUCUGCUGUCCCCUGCAGUUUCCCUAGUGAGCAAGUGCCACACUGCCACAGCCAUUCCAGGAAGAGGGAAAGACACAAAGAUGAAAAACUGUAUCAAAGGGGUGGAGGAUAGCUCAGUGUAGUAGCCCUGGGUUCCUCCUGAUACAGGGAAGGAGGCAAGAGGGAGGGCGCCAUGCUGGUGCUUGCGGGCUGGGUGUCAGCGAGUGGGAUGACUACGAAGCCCUAAAUGUCACUGCACAGGCCUGUGGGCUUUAUAAACACUGCACACUUCGGCUGCACUAUAUGUAUAAGAAUGUGUCUAAAGUAAUAAAUGAAGCUUAGCUUACUGUAACAUUUAUUUUUUAAGCUUUUUGUGUGUGUGUGUGUGUAGUAUUACUGAUCAAACCCAGGGACACUGUACACUGACCUACAUCCCCAACUUUUUAUUUUUUAUUUUGAGCCAGGGUCUCAUAAUUAAGUUACCCAGGCUGGUUUUGAAGCUUUUGAGUAAUGGGGAUUAUGGGCGUGGGCCACCACAAAUUGGCAUCUUCUAAAUUUUUUGAAAAACCUUUUGACUCUUAAUACUGAGUUUAAAUACAUGUACAGCUGUACAAAGCUUUUCUUUAUAGCCUUGUUCUACAAGCUUUCUUUAGUUUUUAAAGUUUUCUUUUUAAGCUUUUUUGCUUAGAAGUUAGAGACUGGACAUGUGAUCAGUGGAGGAUAACUUGCCCAGCAUACAUGAGGCCUGGCUUCCAUCCCAGGAUUGCUGAAAGAAGGUCGCUGACACACCUAGGUCAGGAUGGCCAGCACCCCCACCUUCCCCGCCACAUCAUGUCCCACUGGAAAGUGCUCAGGGGCAGUGCCACAUGUGGAACAAUCACCCCUGCUCCUGUGCCUUUUGGGAUCCCUCCUGUGGGACUUCACAAGGCUCUUCUCUGUUCCGUUUUUUUUUUUUAAAUAAGUAGGACUCCAUUCUAAAAUAAUAACAGUAGGCAGUAAGUAAGCCAGCCAGGAAGGCAGCGUUGAUCACCGCCAAGUGUCAUGUCCUGUAGUAACUCAUUGCUGCGCUUGCAGAUGGCCCCAGAGCAGAGGGGUGUGUACUGUCGUUGCCACAGACACGAGGAGUGUGUUGCGCUGCCCCUUCUCAUGCCGCAUUGUCCCUAGGCGACGGAUUCUUCAGCACCUGUGUACAGGAGCACGUUGUGGGUGCAGCUUUGCACUGGCUGAAACGAUGGUUCUCUGAUGCUGCUCCUUCUGAUCCACUGAAGCCCAGGCUGCUUUCAUGUGGCAAUCUCUGGGUCUCAUCAGGGUGUAAACAGCACCAACUCCUGGCACAGAACUGAGCACAGUCCUCUCUCUUCCCCAGAGCUUGGUCAGAGUGCAGCUGUUUUGUUUUUGUUUUUUGUUUGUUUGUUUCUGUUUUUUAGUGCACGUUCAUAAUACAGAAUAGUGAUGCUGACUUGGGAGAUUGGCAGGUGUGUGUAACAUCUUGCUCAUUUUCAGUCCCUUUGCUCUCCUCCCUCAGGUCCUCUCAGGGAGCCUCUCAGGUCCCCUCUUAUUUCCUAUAAAGUAGGCAACUUCCACUUAAUCUGUGUGACUCAACCUCUAGCUGGACACAUGACCUUUCGAGGGCUUGCGUAAACAAGUGUAAUGUGUUUUUUUGUUUUUGUUUUGCCUUCUACAGAUGGAUCUGUCUGUAGAAACCCUCUUUAGCUUCAUGCAGGAACGCCAGAAAAGAUAUGCCAAAUAUGCCGAACAGAUCCAGAAA